UCGCAGCACUCGCUCUCCCCAGAUCAGCUGUGCGAACAGACACGACGUCGUCUUCCAUUGACCACGCCAUUUCCCUCCGUCCGCUUUGUAUAGCAUCGUCGCUUUCGGUUCUCUUCGCGUGCACAUAUUCCCGCAUAUCUGGGCCAUCGCGACAUUGGACGUGCUGCCCUAUCGCAUGUUUUGCGUCCCCUCGCACCUGCCACAUUCCACACAUCUCGGCCCAUCCUCCGCCACGACACGAUACGAUCCGGCAGCAGCGCCGUGCACUAAUACGCGCACCUGCCCUCCAUACGAAUUGAUCGCACACCCUCAUCCUCCCGCGCACGAGACACGCGAGCACUUCGGAGCCCAUCAGCCCCCGUCCAUGUGAAAGGAUGUCCGCCACGCUACUGGCCAGGCCGAUUGACAGCCUGAGGACGACAACACCACCGCCGCAGCUGUCCAUCAACACCACCCAGCGAGGCACUCCCUCGCCCAUUCCCAACAAGCACCUACCAUUCUGCUCGCCCGGUCCGCGGCCAGCAUCGCGCACCCUCGACACUCCGCCUGCCUCGCCGCCCUCGCCCACGCAAUUGAUCGAGACCUCAUCCUUGACCUAUCCUCCUCAUGGCUUCGACAAAGUCUUCAAUGACCCGCCCAUCUACUCCAUCACCGCCAACAAGCUGUCGCAGGCGAUGAAUCAUCUUGCCUCGCAGCCGCUGCCUCCCACGAAACAAGUGUUUCCCUGGCUCCACGGACUCCACGCCGAGAACCAGCUCCAGCUUGCCUUCUUCAUUGCGAGGAAGAAGUCGUUACGGCGGACCCCAAAAUGUAUCCGAGGCAUCACGGUCGUGAAGGCGGGUGGUGAUCUCAAUCACAGCAGGAUCAACGGUGCUAUUGCGCCAGAAGAACUUCUCAAGCCGUUGUCCGUGGGUCAGAGAAGAGAGGAACCCGAGUUCCAGGAGGCAGAUCCCAAGGAGGGUUUUAGCGUGCGCAACUUCCAGAUUCAGGCUUGCAAGAUGGCCACUGUCAGCGACAUCAUCGUAUAUGGUGACGCAAAGACGCCGAGAGAAGAGGUGGUGCGACUCGCGAAGCGGAUAGCCAGAGCGCAGACCGCGUGGCAGAAGAAGACAGAAGGCACAAACUGUGCGAGCCGUCUGUUCAAUACCUUCGUCCUGCAAGAUGAUUGGGAGAUUGUCGAAUGCGACUACCCCGACCUCGUCCAGCUCGACAGCGAAGGCUGCAUGACUGGGAAGGUCUUGGACUUCUUUCAUGGAGAAAGAUUGGAGAUGUCCUCCAUGUCGGCCCCUAGCGAAAUAGCGCCGAACGUCUGGCUCGGGCCUACACCGGACCCCAACUUGUGUCUUGGUAAAGACGGCCUUCGCCUGAGCGAAGAACAACAGAACUUUGACCUGCUUGUGGAAUGCAGCGAUGUGGCCCAGAUUCCGGACCAGCGAGCGUUUCGCUACCUCGAGGAAAUUCUGGAUCGCCGUGACCGAAAGCCCUCAUCUGCCGAUAGUCUACCGAACCAGCUCGAGUUCCCCGGAUCUGGGGCAAUCAUGCCACCCACCUGGUCUCAAGUCGAAGUAGACGGCUUAUUGGCAAUGUGCCAAUGGAUUCACAAGCAAGCAAACUCUGUUACCGAAGCUAAGAAGCGGAGAGAUAGCAAGCUUUCGCUGACCCCAGAGCCGGACUCGGACGGUGAUGGAUUUGCAGCAUCGCCAAAGCGACGGAAGCAGGGUGGUAGGAAAGUGCUCAUUCACUGCGCCGAUGGCUACACAGAGACGUCGCUAUUGGCACUCGCAUACUACAUGUACGCGAAUUGCGUGCCAGUACACGACGCCUGGCUGCAGUUGCACCGCGAGAAGGGCAGAAACUUCUUUGCGUACAACUCUGACGUCCACUUACUCCGCAGCAUCCAGGCCCGGAUUCUCGCUGCUUCUCCGGCAUAUUCUGGCGACCUUCGUGAGCUGACGGUACCUCACCCAGCAUGGCUUGACAAAAUGGACGGGUCGUUGCCUAGCCGGAUCUUGCCGUACAUGUACCUGGGAAAUCUUGGUCAUGCGAACAACCCGCAAUUGCUGGAGGAGCUCGGCAUCGGCCAGAUCCUCAGCGUGGGAGAGCCGGUCAGCUGGCCUCGAGAAGCCAUGGAAUCGUGGCCGCAGGAGAAUCUGAAGUUCAUCGACAAAGUCCAGGAUAACGGAGUGGAUCCGUUGACGGAAGAGUUUGAGAACUGUCUCAAGUUUAUUGAGGAGGGUCGCAAGAAAGGCACUGCGACACUUGUGCACUGCCGCGUCGGCGUUUCUCGAUCCGCCACGAUUUGUAUCGCCGAGGUGAUGAACGAGCUGGGCUUGUCGUUUCCUCGAGCGUACUGUUUCGUGCGAGCGAGGAGGCUCAAUGUGAUUAUCCAACCGCAUUUGCGAUUUGCAUAUGAGCUUCUCAAGUGGGAAGAAUCGCAAUGCGUCAAACGUGGCAAGCCACUUCGACGCGAACUCGAAUGGGCCACGAUUGCCCGAGAGAUUGCGGCCAUGAACAAGCCCUACUCACGACAGGGAUAAUUGAACGACCUGCCAUUGUUAGAUGACUUUUACUUCAUGGGCCGAUACGCCUCGGGAUCCGACUUCCUGGAUCCAUGGUUUGGAGAAGAGAUGUGGAAGAUGGCUUCGGACAUCGAGCUUCUCCGUGGUAUGACUUUGACGAACUUCACGGCUUUGAAUGUAUGACCUUUUUGUACUGGGGAUUGCGUUUUGCAUUUGUUGAGCAGAGGACGAGCGAUGGGCCAGGCUCAUUGGGAAGAGCCCGGAUCGCCCGCCUUGUGGGACAGGCGAUACAUUUACUUUCUGUCUCUGAAGAAGAUGACUUGGGAUGUGGUUUAUGACACAAAUGCCCAGGGAGUGGCAUAUGUAUUUCUCUUGCCUGGUAUCUGGCAUGAACUUCCCAAGCAGCGCUGGCCUGCUGUUGGAAUGGGAAUGGGAUCGAGGUUCAGGAUUUGGGAGUUCUUUCAAUUCUUUCGUAUGUACUAUCUUUCAAGAGAGGGGCGGUUAGAUGGUUGCUAUCUAUUAUCGAACGUCUCUGGACAAGAAGACGAAUACGGC